AUGUCGCAAUUGACUGGCUUGGGCGGGCCCACGCCACGUCGAUCUGGACGUCUGAGUUCCAAGGCUGGUUCCAUCCUCGAGCAGUCUGUUGUGACGACUAUGACCGCGGGCGGCACUCGCCAACGCAGGCAAGGACCACUCGCAAAAGUCAAGGCUCGCAGGUCGAAUGCCUAUGGCGCCAGUGGUCGUGUCGGUGCUGCAGAGGAACUUGCCAUCUCCGCUACUGGUUUCGCACAAGCAUUCCAGAACCAGCGAGGUGACGCUGUCGCUCGUGACGACGAAGAAGAAGAAGACGAGAACUCCGACAGCGUCGACGAGUUGGGUAAGGAGGCAAGGAUGAGCGGUGCGCUUAACAGCAACAACGCGCGCAAAUCCCCACCUCAUGAACGCUCCUCCCCUCCUCCAGCACCCGCUCCCUUCACUUUCUCCGAGACACCUGAUGCUCCAUUCAGCGAUGACGACCUAGCUUUUUCACUUGGUACCACAUCGAAGUCACAUACAUCGAAGUCGUUUGGCAUGGAGCACGAGGCCGGUAUGCUACAAGAGCAACAACGUGACAACUUCCGGCUGUCCUCAUCACCAGAACCUACACCAGUACCCAAGAACACUGUCACCAAGACCAUCCGAGAGUCCCUCUCAGCGCUAAAGCUACAACCGAUAUGGCGGACAUCGAUGCGUUUGUUGACGAGCGCCUUGCAGAAGAGCUCACGUAUUGAGCGACGACCGGAGCAGCUGAUCGUCACUCAAUCCCGACCAUCUCCCCAGACUAGGCCUAACCGUCCCGAAGCUGUCAAGCAGUGGCUAGGUGGGGUCGAGCCAGGUGAUGAUAUCACGAACAGUGAGAUACUCGAGGAUGAGCCGGAGUGGCCAUGGCUAUCACUUGUCCAGAAAGUGUUUUGGGUCGUGAUGUUGAUCAGCUGCAUCGUGAUGUUCACAGCCAUGGCAUCUUCUACGUUCUCAGACCCUACUCGCAAAGUCGCCUUGCAUACUGCUGUUCGCAAUCGCAUCACAGCGUCUUGGUAUGACACGGCGGACUGGAUCCAGCCUGCAGAACAUAAGUACAACGAAACAAGGGUUCUCAUCACCUGGCUGUAUGGUGAAGGAACUGGAGACGACCAUCUCUUCUGGUCACGCAUGUGGAAGAACCACAGGGAGUAUGUGGGAAAGUUCGAGGAACUUGAGAGUGCCAUCGACAAGAUCAAGGCAGAGCUACCGGAGCUGAUUGUCAUCCGCCGUCUGCCAGACGAGCGGCUCGAAAUCACUGACGAAUUCUGGACCGCCCUUUUGAGCAAAGCACAAGCUAAAAGCGGCGACCCUACUUGGAUCGAGUUCCUCAAAGCGAAUAGACAGAAGGUGCAAGACUUGGACAGUACACUCAUCGAUGUUACCAAGCCUACAGCCCGACCGCAGAUCGUAGGCCGCGAUGAGUUUGUUAAGGCUAUGCAGCAACACUACGAUACUAUCUCCGCAGACGUUAACCGGAAAAUCGUCGAGUCUCUAAAGACACAUGAGACGAUAAUCACUUCACUGAUCCAGACUGAAGCGCGCAAGACUUUGAUGGAUUCCAUUCGCCUCCAGUCCCUUGCACAGAGCAACCUCAUCGCUAACUAUGAACUCAACCUUAAGAAGCCCAACUACUUCUCGACUGGCAUGGGUGCUCUUGUCGACCCUGUCCAUACUUCAUCGACCUUUGACAAUGGCUCGCCGUCACUGAUGAGUAGGGUGAUUGGCAGUACACGACGGGCGAACCCCCCCAAAGCUGCUCUAUCAAAGUGGGACGAGUUCGGCGAGUGCUGGUGUGCAGCGCCUAACCCGAUGAAAGGCUACGCUCGACUCGGAGUUUCUCUACCCCGUUACAUGUUCCCCAAGCAAGUCACUGUUGAACAUGCGCCAAUGAGCAUGUCCCCUACGGGCAACAUCGAGAAAGCACCCCGAAACAUCGAGCUUUGGGCGGAAACCGACCAGCCGAUCGAACAACACUACGGCCAUAGCCACAACAAGUGUCUGGAUCCAGGAGACCUCCGAGAGCUCGGCUAUGUUUGCUUGGGCUCUUUCAAGUACAACAUCCACGCAUCCAACCACGUACAGACCUUCGAUCUCGAUGCCCAGCUUACGGUCCCCACCAGCAAAGUUGUCGUGCAGGUCACGUCCAACUGGGGAGCACCAAAUACCUGCAUCUAUCGUGUGCGCCUGCACGGCGACGAUGCUGAGGAGAAGCAUAACUACGAUGUUACCCUGAACGACUAG